GGGUUCCAUGCGGAUUGGGAAGGACUUUAUCCUGUUCACAAAGAAAGACAAUACCAUGACUUGCCUCCUCUUGUCACGGACGUUCCAUGAGGAAGAAGGCAUCGAUGAGGUCAUUGUUCCCCUGCCCACCUGGAAUGCAUGGAGCCGGGAGCCUGUGACUGACAACAUGGAGAAGUUUGCAAUUGAGACGGAGCUAAUUUACAAGUAUUCCCCUUUCAAAUCAGAACGGGAAGUGAUGGAGCAGUUUAAUAAGAUCCAUGGUGAGAAAGGCACCCUGGUGAUCAUCUUUAACCUCAAACUAAUGGAUAAUGGAGAACCAGAGCUGGAUGUGACUUCUGACCCUCGAGACAUUCAGAUGGCAGAAACACCCCCAGAGGGAACAAAACCUGAGCGCCGCUCCUUCCGUGCCUAUGCUGCUGUGCUUUAUAUUGACCCCAGAAUGAGGAUCUUCAUAAAUGGACACAAAGUACGAACCAAGCGGCUUUCCUGCUGCCUGUACAAGCCAAGGAUGUACAAAUAUACUUCAAACCGUUUCAAGACCCGUGCAGAGCAAGAGGUGAAGAAAGCAGAGCACAUGGCGAGGAUAG